AUCAAAUUAAACGGCGAUCCAACCAGGUAAGAAGCUCCAUUCCAGGACAUGUAUUUCUUAUGGCAUAACGCAAGCUCCUAAUUUGCUUAGUUAGCAGUUAAUUAUGCAAUAUUAUUUCUAAGGUUUAUAAGGUAUACGAAAAUAUAAAGUUGGUGAUCUGUUGUAAUUUAAGGGAUAAACUAAUCCUCACCUAUGAGAACAAUACAAAAUGUUCGAAAAACCACAAUCAGACAUCAAUAAUACAGGCAUAGUAUUGAUUUCGAAUCGUUCGGUCUGAUUGCCUUGGAAUAUGUGUUCACGUCAAUUUUAACAGUAAUAAGGCUUUGUCAAUUCUUUUUUAAAAAUUAAUGUAAUGCUUGCUUAAUUCCUUUUUUGUGUGAGGACGAUAAUUUUCAUAUCUGAACAAAGUACGAGGAUUAAUUAUCCUGAAAAUGUCUACCACUUACACAAUUAAAAAUAAAGAAGAAAAUGUUCUGUUUUGUUACUGAGAUUUAGAAAAGGAUUUGAUAUUAAUGUAACAUUUCUUCUUCCAAUAUUCAUCUGAAGUAUCCGACAUUUCAAAUUUGACAGACUAUAAAUAAUUGUUACGUUGUUCCUGAACUAACGCAGGAACUGAUCAUGAUUCACAGGAAGCCUUAAAUGAGAGUAUGAGGCUAUGUUGACACUAUUCUUGGCUUGCAACCACGUGACAAGGCGGUCAUGUUGGUGGUGUGUAGGUGGUCAAUACAAUAGAGCUAUUCCUAGAAGAAUUUACAUGAAAAUAGGAUUUAGUUCCCAGAGGAGAGAAAUGCUUUUGUUCUUAACCCUAACACACUACCAACAAGGCCGCGGUGACGUCACGUGCAAACCAGCAAUACCGGAUAACUUUUCGUGAGGACACGAGAGAAAGAGAAACGCUUGUUUUUGUAAACCAAGGUGAAUGCAGUGGGGGCCGCUGCAAAACAGCAAUACUAUUAUAUUGUUUUAGCCUUGAAUUUCUGAUUUUAAACUCGCGUAGAGUAAACGUUUUUAUCAUAUGCCCCGUACGGCCCCGCGCGAAAUAUCGUCGAAACCCAUUUCUCAAUCUCUUGCUCAAAAUCAUUAAUAAUUCAUACAAAAAUUGAAAAGGAAAUUUUCAAACGGUCAAUGAGGGUUUGGAAAUAAGAUGAUUAACUGCUCAGUUUUGCAUCCUUAAUUCCUAUUUCUAAAAUCAUUUUGUUUGAGAAGUAAUAUCAAGCAUUCGACACAGUGUUUCAUCACCAGAUGAAACACCUAGAAUUUCGUCAAAAAUACUCCGCUGCGAGUCGUAUUUUCAACUCUCUUCUCAGUGUUUCAUCACCGUCUCACAAAAGAGGGCCGUACGCGUCAAGUGAUAAGGUCGGAAAAACGCUCAAGGCCCUGCUUGAAAAAUGGGCGCGAAACGAGGCAAAUGCUGUACGAACGUUUUUUGACUCCGUCAGAAAAAUUCAAAAAUACAGCCGUCAUUAUGAUAAAAUGCUUACUGACUCAAUCUUAUUCUCCUUAUGAUUGAUUGAUUGAUUUACCGUCUGUCGCCUAAUACCGAACAUUUUAGACCACUCUAAAAUAAUCACAAAAGUAUAGUUAAAAAGCAAUAGCAAUAACAGUAACAAAAACACCGAGUAAUAAAAAGUCAGAGAUGUUAAAAAUUGCGUUUUUUAAUGCAGCUAGUGAACUGGACAAUACAAUUUCUCUUGGGAGUUUUUUCCAUUCUAAGGGUGGAUUUAUUUUUAUUUCAUACAUACUGAGUGAUUCUGUUUGAGUCAACCUGAGUGAAAACAUGGUUCGCGCCUUUAUUUAACCAAUCCGAAAAGCGAAACGGCUUUUUCACGUGUGAGUAGAACGUUUCGAUCAAUCACAGCGCACCCACCAAAAGCAACCGUGUUUUCGGUAGCUUUGUGUUUUCAUUAAAGGAUUUUAUUCUGGCAGCUUUGCCAAAAGGUCAAAACGUUUAGCUUUUUGGUUUAGAUAAUAUCUCAAGAACAUUGCCAGAAGAAGCUAAAUAAUGGCUGAAGGAGAAAUCCUUCGCUUUCCCGCUUUGCAGAAAUCCGUUAACCAAUGCAAAUUAUCGAGAAACCGAAAAACAAACAAACGUUGUCGAAAACUAGACGAGAUGUUGGCUUGCUCUCCGAGUUUCUGAAAUCCAAGCAAGAAAGCAGAAAAGUAGAAGAGAUUCAAUCACAGGAACUCAAUGAUUUUCUGAGUGAGUUUAUAGUUACUGUUACUGUUUAUAGUAACUGUUUCUACCGUAGUACGGAGCUAGAAAUGCAUCAAACGAGUUCUCGACUCAUCCGAUGAGGACAGCCCGCCUGCUGUUACAUUUCAGUGACAAUUUUUUGUCGAAGCUUUUUUAUUGAUGGUACUAUUCGGUGUUUUAGGGGUCAUUUAAUGAUGUAAUCAUCGUAGACAGUCGGUAAAUUGUAUUUCAUUUUUUAUCAAUUUUUUGUCAAUAUAAGGGCAUUUAGUUUGAGCUGGCCCUUGUUUCUUAAAUUCGUUGGUCAUUUUUUCUAAAUAAAGAGAAGUUUUCCUAAAAAAAAGGAGAAAUAGUCACUCAGUAUGUAUGAAAUAAAUAAAUUACUUCAUGGGCAGGGGGCUUGUACGGAAUUUUCACACUCGUCGUUUGUAUCAGAAAUCUCACACGCUCGCUGCGCUCCCUCAUUCGAUUUCUGAUACAUCACCAACUCGUGCGAAAAUCCCGUACGCGCCCCCUGCCCAUGAAGUAAUCUCUAUGUAACAUACGGCGUAUAUCUGUCACAUUUGCCUGCUGAAUUUUUUUAUUGUCUUUAGGCCUAAAUUCAAUGAAAAAUUCUAACGGGCAAAUGCGACAGCUAUACGCGUAUGUUGCAAAUAAAUCCACUAAAAUUGUCCUUGGUCACGAUCACGAUUACAGGUCACUGUUUUAUUUAACAAUUAGUGAAUGAGGCUGAGUAUCUUAUGAAGAAUUGUGAAGAUCGAGGAGGGUGUUAUCCCUCGAGGCCGUAGGCCGAGGCGGAUAACACCCUCCUAGUUGAUCUUCGAUAGUGCACGUUUAGAGUUGUUCAGCCCCGCAAAUAUUCUCCAAAUAGGAGACGACGCCACUUCGAGUUGUCGUCUUGCUGUUCUUGCCAUGUUUUUAUCGAUUAUUUCGCCUAGUUCUUACUCUUGAAACGAGUGGAAUGUCCGCCACUUUUCUUUUCACAACCAAAACAACUCAAACCUCUUUCCUAGGUAUUCUCGGUUAACGGUGCCUUAACAUGCAAGAAAGCUGCACUUUUGACGUCAUCGGUUCAUUAAACGCAAAAUUCUUCCAAAUUUGGUCAUCAGUAGCUGGUUAUGGUGAAUUAUGGCGUGGUUUUAGCCAAUCAGAAUCGGGGAAAUAUUUUGAAUGAAUAAUAAUGAUAGUUAAGUAAACCAAGUAAUUUCCCCUCGAUCAAGAACAACAUGUUGGAUAUGAAUUAGGGCUAGAAGACACUUCUGGUAUUUAUCUGUAGCACGGUGACCUGUAUUCUGGCCUGUGGAAUGUGACCCGUAAAAACUACCUACCUCUUGGAUAGAAGAAGUACACUUAAAAUAAUCCCUUGUGGCUAUCGGCUGCUUGCCGUUUGUAGUGCUUGGGUUCGCAUGAAACUCUUUUGUGUUAUUGUCCAUUUAGGGUGAUCCUCGUCUAGAGUUGACAGCAACCCAUUUCCUUAACAACAGCCUCGGUAUAACACAUGGGUAAGAAACAACAAAAUUUGCAUAGAGGUACAGGCGACUCUCUCUUAACGGACACCGCCAUAAGACAGACAACUCUGUAAAACGGACACCGAGAGUUGGUCCCUGCCUUUCCUUACUCCCUUUAUUUGACUCUUUAUAAGACGGACAUCUCUCUAAGACGGACACUUAGUACCGGCCCCAGAGGUGUCCGACGUAGCGAGAGUUGACUGUAUUACAUACUUACAUAAAUAAUGUUAUUUCGAAUCAGAUAAAGGAUUAGCUUCGGGGGCACCCUCUUUUUAAAAAUACUUGGAAGUCUGGUAAAAUUUAUUGUACAGUAUCCUCUUUGUCUUUCCGCACUACCAACCAUAAUUUUUUUGACCUAUAAUUUCACGCGUGAACAAUUUAUAAUCUAUAUAUACACUGUAUGCUUGCUGAAGAUCGAGGUGGAGCGUGAGCACCGUACCAUUUCAACUAUUGGAGCUUUUUUUUUGUUGCUACUAAACGCUAUCAAAAAGUGAAACAAAGACGUGACAUUUUUUUACUGACAUGUGUUUGGCUUUAAAUACUUUUGUUUAUAUACAUCACCUCCGAAUUGUUUUUUAUGGUAAUCACAAGCCCUAAUUCAGUCUGAAUUGAUGUCGUUGGACUAUUAUGACUAAACUCAUUAGCCUGGAUUAUUUUCCAUUUCUCUGAUCAUGACCUUAUUGUAGCUUGAUUUUUUUUUUUUUAGAUCUGAAUAUGACUACAGUUUCUUGGUAAAACACUCCACAGAUUCUCAGGCAGACGCAUGUGGCGUUCACGUGACUUGGAUGCUGACGCCCUUCGUGAAGAUCAGCAAGGUUACAUCGUCCUCGCUUGUAGGAUCUUAUAGGGUGGAACAGAAAGAUGAUAGUGUGACAUUCAAGGCAGGUUGAUUUUACAUUUUGGUGAACUGACAACGACAACAAAUUCGUUGAUGUGACACUUUUUAAGUCAUGCUUAAUCGUUACAUUAUCUAAUCAAAAUCAGUCAGAGCCGUAAAGGGUGGAAAUUCCUUAAACAUGAUUAGGGGAUACUUCUUUUGGUUUGUUUUGCGAGUUACGCAAGAUAAUUUGGUUGGCUUUCCCGGCGUAAGUUUGAAAACCUUCAGCAAAUAAAGCUGACUGUAAAGUAUUGACACCAAGCGCCUGCGCCGAAGGGAGUCUCGCUAUUAGUGCCACCCAAUAAAGCCAUAAUUAACAACUCUUUUGUUAAAAAUUUCAGAUUGACCAUACACCGUUGGAAAGCGAAGCACAUUUAAACUUUAGUGUUAUUUUUGACGGUGAACACUCCUUGAAGACUGGCUUGCAUAAUAUAGUGACCCCGGUACAAUUGUUGUAUUACAAGGAAUACAGGGAAGAUCAUGAUGGACACGUUAUAUCAAAAGGAGUUGCUUUCUCCAGUCCUUUGCAGACAGUCGCUAUUAAAGUCGAAAUCCCAGGUAAAAUUCUGAUUGCGGUAAGCCCAAAAUGUUAAGCGAAGGUAAGCUCUUUGGAAUUUAAUGAUUGGUUGGAAUUCAUGAAGUCGAAGGCUGCUAGGGCUUUUCCACUGGAAAUUGAAAGGGUUCCUGAGAACAACUCGUUACCCAGACCGGUUUUUCUGACACAAAAGCACCUAUUGGUCACUGUUUUUCCAGUUUCGUGCUAUGCAUAAAUUCAUGUUUUGCGCAAAAAACUCCAUUUAAUUAUACAGAGAAGUACUGCCAGCAAUGACAGAUGGAAGCAGCAAAGAGUCCAGCGGCAUAAGUAGAAGAUUAAACUUGUUUAAGAACCAAGGAAUCUCUUAGUGCCGACGUUUGGAAAAAAACGACUGUCGCGGAAGAACGAAAAGUAAAUAUCCCGGGGGGGAGGGUACUCCUGGGAAUUUUUGGUGGGGGCGUGCUGCCCGGUUCUCCAAAUCCUGACCCGGUUUCAGACCAAAAAAGUAAUUUUCCACACCUGUUUUCAAACCAGAACUCUAAAAUCCAUACCCGUUUUCAGACCUGGCCUUUAGGCAGAAAUUAUUUUUUUUCUUGUAUUUUAAUGAAUUUUUAUUUUGGUAUGUAUUUUUUUUUUGCACACUGACUUAUGAACACGUAGGAAAAAUUCAAAAAACGGAAAGGAAAACUAAGAAUUUAUACAUCGCAGACUAACACACAAUUACAUACUUACAAAAAAGAAACAAAGCAAAACACAACACGUAGGUAGACAAUACACACAAAACGCACAAAUACUCACAAAGCAAAAAACAACAAAGGAAAAGACAAAACGAAAAAUAAAACAAAGACAAACAAACAAACAAAGAAUACAUUACACAACGAAGUUUUAAGAAAGAGAGAAAGAAGGCGGCGAGGUAAUUAUUACCUAUAAGACGCUGCCACAGAGCUUGGGACAAUAGCUUCAACUACACCCAAUUGUUCUAACCUACACAUGCCACUCCCGUUACAAAAACAGACUAAUGAAAAGCAUAAACAAAGUCAAAUAAGACAAACAAAAAGUUCACGGGAGUGAAACAUCCACGUCUUCACUCACACAUGGUCGCCCCAGUCUCAGAAAUUAUGAUAUCGUUACUUCAAAUCCAUUUCUAAUUCGCAUAUUUUUCUUUCUUUCUUACUCAUUUGGAAUUGAAGCGAUAAAGACGUUCAUACAAUCCAGUAGUUUCCUCAAAAACCAUGCCCGAUUCCAGACCAAAAUGGACAAAGUGUAUACCCGUUUUCAGACCAAAACGGCGCAAAAACCCUACCCGAUGGGGCGGCACAUACCUAUAUAUAGUUUAUAUAAGGGAAUACACCUCCCCAGGGUAAAUAUACACUGAAAGUCAAACUUGUUGUUACACUGUCUUAUAAACAGGAGCCACGCGAGGCUCUGCGAUACACGUCUUUCUAGUAAAAAGUUGAAGGGGAAUCAAAGGUAAAAUACUGUUUGGGCUUGGACCGACUUCACCUAUUAAACGCGUGUUGGUUUAAUUUUAGGAUGUUCAGCUGCUCUUGGAAUGGCGUCUGGUGAAAUAAAAGAUUAUCAAAUUACGGCGUCAUCCAGUUAUUCGGAGACACAGCCAAAUCAAGCCCGACCAAGUAAGAUUGACUCUCUCUCCCUCCUUCUCAGUCCUUUUCAGAAAUGCUCGGCUGGGGUGACCGUAUAUUAGACGGUUUAAAAUAUUAUCAUCUGAAAAAUUAGGAAUGACAUCAGUUGGCGUAUUGGGAGAAGGGGGAACUUGUUUCGAUCCUGUGUCAAUACGAAUUAAUACGAAAAUACUGAGUCCUAACUAUAGCCCCAUUCACACCGAAGCUUAAACAUGUUUAAAAGCUGUUUAGUUGAACACGGUGUGAAUUUUCUUUCCUUUAUAAAAGCUGCUAACUAACUGAAUUGAUUGCAAAUUUAGUACAAAUUACAAAAUAUGUUGAAUUUCAUUUGAAUCCUGUGUGAAAACCUACAUUCCAGUUUUCCAUGUCUGUUCUUCAUUUGUUAAAACCUGGUUUAAUUAAACAUGUUUAGUUGGUGUGGAUGGGGUAUAUGUGUCUUCCUAAGUAGUGUUCACUGCACAGUAAAAGGCAGUUAUCCUUACAUUGAACAAAAUUUAUAAAAUCAACAAUUUCGAAUUUCCCACAAUCAUACACUUGCUUGCCCCCACCUCCCCCCAUCCCUUAAUUUUUUUGCAUAAGCAACGUUUUCAAGUUUAUUUUGGGACCAGGAGAAAAUGGAAAAAUUUCAUGCUUGAGGAAAAGUUUUGGAGGCAAACAAAGUGUAUUAAGGGCCGUUUAAAAAAGAUAUACAUUAAAAUGUAUAAAUGGUAUAGCAUGAAGGCGUGACAGCAAUUCUAUUGGUUACAAUAAACAGAAAUUAAAACUGGAGCAAUUAAUCACGUCUCCAGCAUGGCAUCAAUUUGAUCAUAUUAUGACUGGCGUAAGUAAGGGAUUCUCAUUUUAAUCGGUGGAUUUUCUUACUAUCAAAGGUGAAGAAAAUGAUGCGUGGUGCGCGUUUAUUACCGACACGCAGCAGUACAUUCAGCUGGAUUUCACGAGGAACACACGCGUGACACGCAUCGUUACUUAUAGAAGAAGUCAGAAGUCACAUUGGGUAAAGCGUUACAUAAUGCAAUUCAGUAGUGAUGACGUUGUAUGGCAUAAUUAUACAGAGAACGGGUUUGUUAAGGUAAGGAAAAGUCAGAGCUUUGUCUUUCGAAGAACGCCCUCCCCCACGAUCCAAAUUUAUUGUUAAACACGGAUGAAAACAAUUUUAAUUUCGCUUGUAGGAAUUUGUUGGAAACUCAGACAGGUCAACCCCAGUCUCCCAUCAGCUUACCAAUGAAAUCGAGGCUUAUAAUCUCCGCGUGAGACCGCUGGACUGGGAGAGAUUGAUUUGCAUGCGCUUUGAGGUGUUUGGAUGCUUAGCUGAAGGCCCUGGUAUGUUUACGAGUUGAUGAUUGUAUUUAAACACACUUAAUUGGUAUUGAAUAAAACGCGUUGCAAUGCUGAGGUACAAGCUUAAAAUAAAACAAUGGCAACUUCGGAGUAUUUCUGAAAAUGCCGCAGCCGAAGUCCAUUAAUUUACUGGUUCUAUGUCAGCCUUCGACGAUUUCUGUAAAACAUCCUGCACAGAAUUUCCUUUCUAUCGCGAGAAAACUGGACCAAAGAACGCAGGUACCAAAGCAGCUGGGACGGGGUGGGUAGGAGGAAGAGUUCGCCCGCUCUCUUCCUUACACCCUCGCGCUGCACAUGCGUGUUUGCCUGGAAAAAAGGAAAGCCCGUGAAACUGAUACUACACCAUGUUCUUGCUUGCUUUCUCCAUUCAAGUCAUACAUAACCAACUUUUUCAAUACAGAAAACUGCAUUUACCCUCUCGGUCUGGAAUCUGGAGAAAUAACGGAUGAAGCUCUCACACAUAGCGUAGACACAACUCUGACUGUUUCAGAUCCCUCCGGUAUCCGCCUUAACAAGAAUCCCGGGGGAUUUCCUAAUGGAUGGCAAGCAGCAAUGGGGACACUAGAUUAUAUUCAGGUAGAAAAAUCGUAGGUAAACUUAGCAACCUUGUUUUGCUUAUGAUUAUUCCAACUCGCUUACUUUAUCAAAUAUAGGCCAACUCUUCAAGGGCUGAGUUCCUUGGAACGACAUCCAAGUUCAGAAAAAGAAAGAAAAUUUCGUCGGGCUUUUUAACGUUCUCCAUAUAACGUGAAAUUAGGCAUGUUUACGUCGCGUAGUCCUGCAGCGACGGCAAAGAAAUGUACAAAAAAGGUGUGCUGCACGUGCAAAUUUGUUGUUUUGUUUAUUUAAUCUAUUGCUUUUCUGACGUUAUUGUUGUCGUCGCCAUCGUAGCCAUUUUAAGGUCCCUAGUACUGCAUAGGAGCAAAGAAUGGUUUAAGAAAAACUUUGUUUUCUCAUUUUAGAUUGAUUUUGGCUCUUUGAGAAAGGUGACAAGAAUAGCUACACAGGGAUCUGCUGGAUCGGAUUUUCCAUUUUACGUGGAGAGUUUUCAAUUAAAGUACAGCAACACAAGCAUUGAUUGGCUUGACUACAGUGAAAAUGGACAGCCCAAGGUGACAAUAAACCUUUUAAGAGUUUAAAGCACUUCAAAAGUCAGUCAUGGAAAUUUGAAAUGAGCUUCCUGCCUGUAGCUCCUUAGAUCAAAUCAUUAGACAGUGUUACCAUUCAAAUGACCAAUCCUAUCCCACGAGCAAGAGAUUUUUCCCUAGACGAUUUCACCUUACACGAAAAAUGUUGCUUCCCCUUUGAGUAAAAUGAGUAAAAUGGCUAUUUUAACCUCACCUUUUGUUAUAACAAAAAAGAGUUUAAUUUUAAAAAUAACAUAGCCCACCAGAAUAGACUAGUCUUCCCUCGUGUCACUUCCAGUAAAGCUGUGUCACUAAAAUAGAUUGUUGCAAACUUAAUAAGUUUCCCGUGAAAAAUAAAACCUUUCCUGCCUGGCUUAAAUGUAUUUCGUUUAUUGCAAAACUACAAACUAUAGUAUUGUUGUUGCAGGAACUGAGAGGUCCAAAGGAUACACACGAAGCAAAAUAUUCUGUUGUGGUAAAACUGCUUGAGCCAAUCAUCACCCGCUUCGUACGCAUCAUCCCAACUUCUGCGCCGCUUCUCAAAAUAAUGCGGGCUGAGCUUUACGGCUGCAUAGCAGAGCCCAUGCCCCCUUAUAACGGUAAUUAUUAUAUGACUAAGUCAAUUCUUGUUUUGUGA